GAUUGGCAGGUCGGUGCGGCCUGCCUCUUCCGUCGCCCGGGCCUGACCUUCCUGCCGCCGUGCGCCCGGGAACUCGGUCAUUGCCGGCUUUGGCGCUUCGUCCCGACGCCCCGCACUCCCACGACAUCAUGGUGGCAUAUUGGCGCCAGGCCGGGCUCAGCUACAUCCGGUACUCCCAGAUCUGCGCCAAGGCGGUGAGGGAUGCUCUGAAGACAGAAUUCAGAGCCAACGCAGAGAAGACUUCGGGCAGCAGCGUCAAAAUCGUCAAAGUGAAAAAGGAGUGACCUGUAAGUCGGGGACGGACCGCGAGAGUUCGCUGGGGU